GUGACUCGGCUCUGCCUCCCGCGGGCGGCGGCGGCUGCCGGGCGGUGUCGUGCGGCCCCGUGCGGGGACUAUGAAGCACCAUGGUGUGGUGUGACCGUGGCGUCCAGAUGCUGCUGACCACGGUGGGAGCUUUCGCCGCUUUCAGCCUCAUGGCCAUCGCCAUCGGUACCGACUACUGGCUGUACUCCAGCGCGCACAUCUGCAACGGCACCAACAUCACGGCGGACGAAGCGCAGGGACCACCGAGGAAAGCGAGGGGCGACCUUACGCAUUCGGGGCUCUGGAGGAUCUGCUGCCUCGAAGGAAUCUACAAAGGACACUGCUUCCGAAUCAACCACUUCCCUGAAGACAAUGACUACGACCAUGACAGCUCGGAAUACCUUCUCCGCAUUGUCCGUGCCUCCAGUGUGUUCCCCAUCCUAAGCACAAUAUUGCUGCUGCUGGGAGGGCUCUGUGUUGGAGCAGGGAGGAUUUACAACAGCAAAAACAACAUUAUUCUCAGCGCUGGAAUUCUCUUUGUCGCAGCAGGACUAAGUAAUAUCAUAGGGAUCAUUGUCUACAUAUCAAGCAAUGCAGGUGACCCAAGUGAUAAGCGAGAUGAGGACAAAAAGAACCAUUACAACUACGGUUGGUCUUUCUAUUUUGGAGCCUUGUCUUUUAUCGUGGCCGAAACCAUAGGUGUUCUGGCUGUGAACAUUUAUAUCGAGAAGAACAAAGAGCUGAGGUUUAAGACCAAGAGGGAAUUCCUUAAGACUUCUUCCAGUUCUCCUUAUGCCAGGAUGCCAAGCUACAGGUACAGGAGGCGGAGGUCCAGGUCCAGUUCUCGAUCCACAGAGCCUUCUCCAUCUAGAGACAUUUCCCCGGUUGGCAUGAAGAUAGCAAGCACCAUUCCCAUGAACGAGAUUUCCAUGUACACUCUGUCCAGAGAGCCCUUGAAGGUCACAACGGCCGCCAGCUACAACGCAGACCAAGAAGCCAGUUUUCUGCAGGUCCACAACUUCCUUCAGAAGGAAUUUAAGGAAGGACUCCACGUCAACAUGGUCAACAGGAGAACAACACCAGUCUGAAGUUCCUUCCCUCCCUGUGGUUUUUGGAAAAAAUAUCAGAACAGACCUGUCAUGAAAGAGAAGGAGCGAUGUUAAAAUACCCUCUCACCUCUUUAACUGUGGCAUGUAUUGAGGCAGCAAGUGGGGAUCCUAUGGACCAACAUAAAGAUGUUACACGCUUGUAGCUUUUUCAAAGCUAUUUGGAGUUUGUUUCUUUCAGUUCUUGGUGUCACGAGAUGAAGGUAGUUCAUGUCCCUGCACUUUUGUAAUGUGUACAAAGUCUUGGAGAAGCUGCAAAGGACUUGCCACCAGUGUGUUUCAAGGGUCGCAGAAUUGUUGUACAACUGUUUUCUAAAUCGAGAUCCCUUACUACAAACUGGCAACUAUAAUUUACAACCAAGCCCAAGGAUAUGAACUUGUCCUCCAGUGAUCUGCUCCCCUUUGACACAGUGUGAGCUUUGCCUCUUCCAAAAAAGAAAAGAAAAAAAAGAAAUAUAUAGAAGAUAU